AUGCGCGUAAAAUUGACCGCGUUCGGAGGUCAAAGGUAAAACUCUCAAAACACGCUGGUUUUGUAAAGCAAGCCUUCUCUGUUGAGCGAUGGCUACUCCGGCGAGUGCGGCUCCUCCGCAGAGCCAGCAGCAGCCGGCGACGGUGUCUCUGGAGAGUGCAGGUCGCCUGGUGGACGAACACCUGCUGUCCGACGCCGGCCAGUUGGAGCUCAGCGCACAGCUGAAGAUCGCCACGCACAAGAUGACGAACUGCAGUGGAGCGACAGACACCGACUACCCUUCCUUCCCUCCGUCCUCCCGCAGCUCUCCUCUCUCCCCUACCUCGGACAGAGCACCCACGUUCCUCUCCCUCCCGAGCUACUUCAAGAAUUUGACAAAAUGCAGUGUAACUGUGCCAUGGGUCUGAUGCCUGAGAUCAGACGAGCUUGGCUGACUGUUGACAGCACCAUCUACCUCUGGAAGUAUGAGGACGGGUGAGCCACUACAUCUCCCCUCUUAUUCGUUGUCUUCGUUUCCUCUCUCUGUUCUCUGCUUCCUAACUGAAUUUAGUGUCUUUCGCAUUUGUCAUAAUUAAUACAUGAAGAUCUUCUCUUUCUUUAUCCCCCCCCCGUCUUUUCAAAUCUCUUCUCACCCAUUUCCUUCUCUUCUCUCAAAGUUCUUCUUCCCCUCUUCGUCAUAAACAUGAAUAUCUUCUCUCCUUGCGUCUACCGUCUACAUAUUGUGUGAUGCUGCAGGAAAGAUUUGGCCUAUUUCGACGGUCUGAACGAGGUGAUACUAACAGCAGCCCUCAUCUCUCCAAAGAAAGGUGUCUUCCAGAGUCACAUUGGGUUCCUGCUCUGUCUCACCACGGCUGUGGAUAUCACCAUCCUCGGAGUCAGCUUUACCGCUCUCCAGACAGACCCCCAUGGCGAGAUGCACCUGCAGCCGAGUCCUCUGUUCAACCUCCCGUCUGACAACGUGAGCAUGCUGAGUGCAGCCGGGACCGGUGAGGGCAGGAUCUUCCUGGCCGGCAAAGACAGCUGCCUCUACGAGGUGGUCUACCAGGCAGACGAUGGUUGGUUCUCCAGCAAGUGUCGCAAAGUGAACCACUCGCAGUCCUCCCUCUCCUUCCUCGUCCCUUCCUUCCUCUCUUUCUCCGAAGAAGAUCCGCUGAUCCAGAUGGUUGUGGACAGCUCGCGGCACAUCCUCUACACUAGGAGCAGCAAAGACACCAUGACUGUGUAUGACCUGGGCAGCGAUGGACUGUCACUGUCCCGUGUGGCUCAGAUAGGGUUCCGAGACAUUUGUCGUUUAACCCUCUCUGCCUUGCGGACGGGGGACAGGAGUCUCGCGGAGUCCCUGGUGGGCGUGUCAGUUCUGCCGAGGUCGGAAUCUUCCACCCUCCAUCUUCUCGCCGUCACCUCUGCUGGAUUGAGGCUCUACUUCACGACCACUCCAAAUGGGGAGGAGGCCCGGCCGUCUCUUCUUGCUCUUGUCCACGUUCGUCUUCCGCCAGGAUUCUCUCCGUCCUCUGUCGCAGUUCGACCUGGCUCCACAGUCCACCAUACCUACCACAGCAAAGGGACGUUGGUGAUGUCAGCCUCGCAGACGGAAGAGAGAGACACGCUGUGGAUGGUGGACUCUGACCUCUUCCCCUUCCAGACCUCCUGCAUGGAGUCACAUGUCAAUCUACCGCUGGAGGGAAGAACGUGGGCGAUAUCUGAGACACUCGACCCAGAAGACUGCACCCCUUACAGUCAUUAUCCCCGUCCACCCGUCGUCGUGACGCAGCAUGCCGAGUCGCCACGGCAACUGGUUCUCCUGACGACCCAGGGGAGCUACCUGCUGACAAAGCUGCGGCCCGUGGACCAACUGCGACACCUGCUGGAGACCGAGAGAGGAGCAGGAGGAGAGGCUGUGGAGGCCUUCUUCAGACUCCACAAGGAGACACAGGCCUGUGCCAUGAGUCUUGUGCUUACUACUGGAACAAACCAACAGGUUGCGGGCUGGGCUGCAAAGGCCUUUUUCAAGUAUGGCGGAGAGCCUCACUUUGUCUUCCCUACAACCCUCGGUCCCGCCAGCCAACCUGUGGGGAGCCCCGCCCACCUGCUGACCACACCCACUAACAUGGGUCAGACCCCACAAACUGCUCCCCCGGGACCCCUCUCUCCCCCCUACCCUGCACCGGUAGCCUCGCCCUACGGAGCAGGAGUCACUCCGUAUGGGGUUCAAGGUCCUGUGGCUCUAGGGAGGGCAGUGGUCGGACCCGAGGUCCAGUUCUCGGGGAAGUUUACCGGACUCUGUCGCUACCUGUCAAGGCUGCUGAGGCCAAUAUGGAAUUACCGGAUGACCACAACUUUCAAGCCUCCUGGAGAUUAUCUCAACGAACAGUUCCAGAGCAACUUCUCCCUAGAAUCUGUGGCUGUGUUGCUGGAGCAACUGUACACCCUGCGCGCGUUCCUCGAGCACAACUCGCACCUCUUCACCCCAGCUGACCCCACAGGUUCCUCCUCCUCUCCGUCUGCUAACCUGCACCAUCGCAUGCUCAACUUCAUGCGGCCAGAAGGCAUGCCUACCGAGUCUCCAUCCACCGUCCAACAGUCUCUUACUCGCAAGUACAAAGCGGAUGCUCAUCUGAUGGAACAGAACUCUCUCAAAGCACUGCACCAGCUGCUGGUUCAUUGCUGUGAAUUCCUGUCGCUAUGGAAACUGCUCUGCGAGUACCAGCUGAACCUCACCAUCAAAGACGUCACGAAUGACCAAAAGGAGCAGUUGAAAAUUGCCAGUUUUCGACAUCUUGUAGUCUCAGGAAAACCGUUGACCUCUGCCCUCAUCUCCCGGCUCCUGGAGAGACAUGCAGGAGACAGCGGACUCUCCGACACGCUCAGUGCUCGUCUCCGCGAGACCACACCCACUCUGUUCAGCCAUGAUGACGCCACGGCAUCCAAGGCUCAGGAGCUGCUGAGCGUGGCUGUUGGACUGAAGAGCCAGUUUGACCAGAUGAACAUGCUGCGGGAUUCUCUUAAGCACUUCAGUCAGGUGACCCACCAGAUCAACCUGUCCUCGGUGUGCUCCCAGUACCACAAGGUGGCCUACUACGAGGGGAUAGUGGAGCUGUGUUUGUGUGCAGCUCUUCACCGUGACCCUCAGGGAAUGGCUCUUCACUACUACAAGAACGGGCAGCCGCAGGACGAUCUUGUGGGCCGUGCGGCCUUCCUGGAGAGAGGAGAGGUGUAUGCUCCGGUCACUGUGGCGCUGGAGGAGCUGUCGUCACGGGAGACUGCCACGCCCCUCUCCUCCUCCGUCCCCCUCAACCCGGGACCCCCCACGGAGAGGGCUGAGCCGGAUAAACCAGACCCUCGCAAGGAGUUUGCAGAGAUGUUAGCAUUGGUGUUGAGGUCAAAGGACGAACUGCUCCACGUGACUGUAUACAGUUGGCUGAUCGCUGCCCACAUGGCCGAGACCCUCGUUGAGAUCCAGUCUCCGUUCAUUGAAGACUAUCUGAACAACAUGGCUUCUGUACAGCAAGAUAACAGACACGUCCUGGACCUCCUGUGGAGGUACUACGAGAAGACCAAGGCCUACUCCGGGGCGGCCCGCAUCCUCGACGAACUGGCUCACAAGCAAGACCCUGAGCUAACUCUAGAUCAGAGAGUGGAGUACAUGAGUCGCGGUGUCAUGUGUGCCAAGAGCUCCAGACUCACUACCACCAGCGACACUAUCGGAGAACUCCUCCAUGAACUGGAGGAGAAAAUGGAGGUGGCCAGGAUUCAGCUCCAGAUAUCAGAGGCCCUGAAACUGCAGCCCCAGACACAGCCCGUGAAGACCGCCAUCCGCAAACUGGACGGCCAGUUGGCGGAUAUAUCCACGCUCUACGGAGAGUACGCUGACACUUUUGAGCUGUCCGAGUGCAAAUUGGCCAUCGUCCACUGUGCUGGUCACUACGACCCAACUCUUAUUGAGAGUCUUUGGAGGGAGAUCAUCGAUGGUGAGGUGAAGAAUAUUCCAGUGGGUGUCCACAGUCCAAGUCAGUUGCACGGACUGCGGACAAAGUUGGUGGAAUUGGGCCAGCAGUACAGUCGCAGCGAGCGCUACUUCCCCCUGGCCUACCUGGUCCAGCUGCUGGAACAGACUGGGGCCAGGCUGGAAUGGGACUCUGGGUUUGUGCACCAGACCCUACUGGAGGUGGGCGUGGCACUCUCCACCCUCUUUGGAAUCUACGACCGACUCUUCAAAGCCAAGGACUCUUUCUGGAUGACUGUUGGAAAGCCUCUGCAUGUCUUGAAUGCCAUUCACUCCCUAGUCCUCGUGUACAUUGAGAGGCCUUCUCUCGUGGCAAACUUUGAGAGACCGUCUUUCAAUGCGACAGUGAAGGACAGCCUCAGCCACUAUCUGGUGGAGCUGCAAACCAUGACCUCUGACAUUAGAGGACUCAACCAAACCAUCUCCGACCUUCGAUCUCUUGAGCCACAGAUACAAAGGAUUUCUUAGACUGCUACAUCUGUGCUCCGUAUUGUACUGUUGCCUGUGCUAUUGGGAAUUUCUUGCACGCCUUGUCACCUUGUCAUAGGUUUUUCUUUUCCUCC